GCCAUGAUGAUUUCCAUUUACAUUAUUGUUAUUGGCUGAGAGGACGUAGCAUUAUCCAUGGAUAGAGACAAAAACCCCAGUCUACCCCAGGUGCGGGACCUCCCUAGUUUAUGUAGGAGUCGGACAGUUCGGACUCGUGCCCUACCGUUCCUCCGCCUCUGGAACCCUGGAACCACAUACCACAGCCAUUCUAAUUAUCAUUGCUGCCAUCACAUGCUCAUUGGUACCGAUCUUACACCGCGAUGAUGUAGGUCGGCAUCGGCAACUGUUGCUCAUUCGCUUGGCGUCGUGAGUCCGAACAUUCGGAACAUAGGCGUCUCGGCCUUUAGCGCCAAACCCGAACUGUGUACAUGCCUAGUACACAGGUAACGGAAGAGUUCAAUAUAAGAGAUGGAUGUUUCCAAGAACAGUUAUAUCUUUCACAAUUGUACGACAGUCGACUUUGGCUUGAUUGGAUGGUAUCGCUUAUUUCAAUAUAAUCCAUUCGCAUCUAAACUCGAUACAAUUUAUCAAGUAUUAUGGAAGUACUAGGGGGUAUCCAAAGCUACCAACUCGUAGCUAUCGCCGCCGGUUUAACCUUGCUAAGAUACGUUUAUACUGUCCUAAGUAGUCCUCUGGCGAAAGUACCAGGACCUUGGUAUACAAAAUGGACGAUAGCGGUUUUCAGAUAUCAACUCAUCAGAGGGAAACGGCCGCAAUGGGUUCAUCGUUUACAUGAAAAAUAUGGACCCAUAGUGCGCGUCUCUCCGAUCGAGGUCAGCAUACAAGACCCAAAGGCUGCUCAACAGAUUUAUUCAGUCAAGAACGAAUUCCGGAAGUCGACCUGGUACCAAGAUCUGCUUCCAGGUCUUCCCAAUGUGUUCAGCACACUCGAUAUCGAUUAUCAUAGACGGCACCGAAGGCUCCUCGCCUCCGAGAUCUCAGAUUCGGGAUUGGCAGUUCAUAUACCCACAGUAGACUCAAAAGUCCGUCUAACUGUUGAACGAAUGUCGGAGGAAAUGGAGGAACGCGGUGUGAUAGACGUAUAUCGCUGGGCCAUGUAUAUGGCAACAGACGUUAUCGGAGAGCUUAGCUUUGGGUCCUCGUUCCGGAUGUUAGAAACGAAAGAGGAAACCGAUUAUAUCCGCGACUUGAAACUGAUAGGGUUCGCCGGUGGACUCAGGGCGACGUUUCCAUUCCUCACGUUUCUCUCCAACUAUAUAUGGGUGCCGGUGAUAAGCGUCGGACUUAAGGUCCGGAACAAGAUCCGCGACUACGCGACCGAGUCACUAGGACGACACUACAAACUCGUCGAGGAACAAGGAGAUGACGCCAAACCCACUCUUCUAUCUAAACUGUACCGGGCCACCGAAAAUGAUACCGACACGUUGCCAUUCAUCGAACUGCGCGAGGACGCAAUGGCGUACAUCGCAGCCGGCAGUGACACCACGACUAACACGCUAACGUAUCUCCUCUGGUCCGUCUCCAGGGACCCAGAAGUCAAAGCGAAGCUUCUUGCGGAGAUUCAAACGCUACCGGACAAUUUCGAGGAUGCGGACGUUAGGAAAUUGAGUUAUGUGGAAAAAGUAAUCCAGGAGACCCUUCGCUUAUACUCCGCCGUGCCGGCCGGUUUGCCCCGCAUUGUGCCGGCGGAAGGUGCGACGCUCGCGGGCUAUUUCAUUCCGGGUGGUUACACAGUCUCGGUCCAGGCGUACAGCAUGCACCGGAACCCGGAGGUGUUUCCGGACCCGUGGAAGUUCAACCCGUCGAGGUGGGACCAUCCGACGAAGGCUAUGAAGGACUCGUUCCUGCCUUUUGGUGGAGGCAGUCGAAUCUGCAUCGGUUUGCACUUGGCUAAGAUGGAGCUGCGGCUUAUGACUGCGCGGUUCUUUACUAGAUUCCCGAACGCGCGACCGUCGAAGCUGGAGGGGUUUACGGAUGAGGAUAUGGGCCCGAAGAUGUUCUUUAUUAUGCAGCCGAAGAGUCAGAGAUGUCUUAUUGAAGGGUACUAGGAAAAGGUUAUUUAGGUAGGUUUUAGGGGGUGGGAGGUAUGACUAGGUAGAAGAGUUUAUGGUAGGAAGAAUGCACGAAUUAUUGGAUAUCUAUUAGGUAGUUAAUUUAUUAUAAACAUGUAA